GCCACCUUGAUGUGGGGACUCGGGGUGGGCAACGACUACCCGCUGGGGCGGCGCCAGGGCGCUGCUCAAGCAGGUCCCGCCUCCGCCGCCGCAGGGAUCCCCGCAAGGCGACAUCCUGCAGCUGCAGCCUUCCAUGACCCUCACGAGAGUGGCCGAAGUGAACGACCUCAGCAUGUCCAUCACGCUUGAGUUCAAGUUAACCCUCACGUGGAGCGACCCUCGCGUUUACUUCCGCCACCUGGGCGUAACCGGCAAGAAGGGCACGAUGCUCACCAAAGAGGACGGCGGACGACUGUGGCGGCCGCUGCUACGCGUAGCCAACCUGGAUGGCAACAGUCUGAAGGAGCUGGGGCGCCGCUUCCAGGCAAAGGCCAUCGCUCCCCCAACCCAGCCGAACUUCAACGACGUGGACACAGAUGGCAUCUACGAGGGCCGAUACGUGCACCUACAAUUGACGCAGCGAUUUCUGGCGCGGGUGGCGUGCUACUUGGAGCUGUACUCGUACCCGUUCGACCAGCAGCGGUGCGCCGUGGAGGUGCAGCUGGCGCCGGAGUCUGGUGGCGGGGCGGCGGUGCGGUUCUCACCCAUGGCUGAAGUGAAGUACACGGGGCCCGAGACGCUGGCCAUGUACACGGUGAAGCACGUGCAGCGCACCAACGCCACAGAGAACAGCCUGAGGGUGGAGUUUGAGCUGCACCGGCGGCAGGGCGUCAUCAUGCUGUCCACCUUCCUGCCGUCAGGGCUGCUGCUGCUGGUGAGCUGGGCCACGCUGUUCGUGAAGAUCAGUGAACUCAACGUGCGCGCCAUCAUGUCCCUCACCACACUGCUGGUGCUGUACACACUCUUCUCCAACAUGUCCAACUCGCUGCCCGCCACCGCCUCCAUCAAGCUCAUCGACGUGUGGUUCUUCUUCAUUAUCUUCCUGCUCUUCACCAACAUCGUGGUGCACAUCUGCGUGCGUCCCACCACCACGCCCACCACCACCGCGACGGAGGUGAAGGUGUUUGUGCCCACGCAGCCACAACCGCCACCCAACAUGCCCGAGGCGCCCAGACUCCUGCGCUGGUACCGACUGGUCAUCCUACCGGUGCUAGUGGUGCUCUUCAACCUCAUGUUCUGGCUGGUGGUGCUCACUGAGUGACACACACACACACACACACACACACACACACACACACACACACACACACACACACACAGUUAGUUAGUUUUAUUGACUAAAAAUACUCGUAGAAUAAAGUGAAAGGUACAAAAUUCCCAAUGGUCCAAAUAAAGAUUCAUACAUUUCCAAACAUAGAUAAAAGCAAUGUCACCUAAGUAUUCUUUAAGAUUAGACGAUGCACGGUAACCAACAUUACCAAACAGUUACUAGAAUUAUCAUAUAACUGACAUAGAUACAUAACUCAACAUAACGGCUUAUAUAAUUUGACCAAUAUUAAUGCAAUAGUUAGUAUGCACAUUAUUCUAAGUAUUGUUUUCUUUUUAGGUCCUAUAACUAUUCAAAACUUCAUACACGUACUUACACAAAACAUUUAAGUCUUCUGUUUCAUUAAAUAACUCAUCAAAAUUUUGUUUGCUUAUCAUAAUU